GGGUUACCCCCAACUGCACAUCAACGUCUCCCAGGGAAACAGUGAGGAGCAUCUGGAUUCCCACAGCCCGAAAGCAGCAAGUGGUCCCCACGUGAAAGACAAAGAACUGUCCCCUCUGGACUGGAUGCGGCAACCAGAUGCUUCCUGCAGAACAAGCCCUCAGGAUUCACAAAACCUUCCGAAAUCUUUGCGGAGAGAACUUGCGCACGAGGACUACGAGAAGUCGCCGAAGGACCAGCGCUACUUAGAGAUCGGCUGUUGGGACUCCGCGGAUAAAUACGAGUUGAGCGCGAGUUCCGGCGAAUGUCACCUGAGCAACGGCAGCCUCAGUCCUACGAUGAUCUACGGGGACCCCUCGACGACCCUGCCCUUGCACCCCACAAAGAGACCCGCCUCCAACCCUCCUCCUAUCAGCAACCAGGCAACUAAAGGCAAACGGCCAAAGAAGGGCAUGGCGACGGCGAAGCAACGCCUUGGCAAAAUCUUGAAGCUCAACCGCAAUGGCCACGCCCGCUUCUUUGUCUAACACCCAGCCCCCGCAUAUUCCCGCGCAUAACAGUAUUGGGGCGACCCGAGGCCUGGAGCUUCUUCCCGUCGCCCGACUCCGCUGAACUGAAACACUCACCCCAUUAAGCAUCGCCGCAAGAACAAAGAUGUCCGCUCUUACACUGUGCCAUGCCCACUCAGCAAUAACCAGAGGACUCUGGAUUCAGGUUUCUGGUUUUCGGGGAGAGGGGCGCCCCAUUGACUCCGAUGGCUCCAUCAGCAGGUGCAGGGGAGGACUAUGGUCUUCAAUAAUUUAUUAGUCAGAUUUUUUUUUUUUAAAUAUUUAUAUAAACAUUUUUUGUUUGUUUUUGUUUUUUUAGAUUUUAAGCAAUGUGAAAGUUUUUAUUUUAUUUUGUUUGGAGGUUUUAAUAUCUUAUUUGCGUGGUGUGAGGCAAAACCACAGACGUGAAGAAAGAGGGGGGUACCAUUUAACUUUUUAAUUCAGGUUGUAGUCUUAAACAGGGAUUUAAUGUGUUUUUUUGUAAUUAUUUUUAAAUUAAUACAAAAUCCAUAUUUUUAUUUUUGCUAUC